ACUCACACGAAGUAAACGGAAGUGAAUAAGAACAAUUUCCACGUUAGCGUUUUUAUUUAAUGUUAAAAUAUGACUAAUUUACCUGCACAGCUUCACAUACUUAACCCAUAUAGUGUUUAAUUCACGUUGGAGACAGGACUUGGUUGAUAGAUGUUAUCUAUGUAUGUAACGCAGACUAACUAACUGCUAACAAUGGCUAACUGUGUGGUUUUUCACACUCAAAUAGCCUCCAUUAUGGAGGUACUAGCGAAUGCAGCCGUGGCAGAGAUCUGUAAACUCGUAGACGACGACUAUGCAGUGUUUCGUUUGGAAAUAACUCAAAGCCAGAAAGAAAACAGGGCAUUACGGAGGAAACUACUGGAACUGAAGGUGACACGGGAGCGCGUCCUCGCCAGUCGUCCCAGUAGUGUCAAGAUCCUCGACCGAUACAGAGGAAUGGCAAGAGGUGAAGGACAUCUCACUGGAGGCCAUAGGAUCUUUGUGAAGCCAGUGGAGCACAAUACAUGGAGAGAUGACCAACCAAUCACUGUUGAUGAGGGGACUAGAACCUCAACCCAGCACGUUAUCAUGAUAGAGUCUGCAGAUGCAGAGGCUGCAGGUCUUGGGGUCAAGCAGGAGAGGUCUGAAGGAGAGGAGGACCUACGGCACAGCAGAGACAUCCAGACUGGAGGGACUGGAGCGCUCCCUGUAGCCACAGAGGACUCCGCCCCGGCGCAGCCCAGGACCAGACGCAGCGUCACAGAAGUCAGUGGAACGCUGAGCAGCGUCCUCAAGUCAGAGACAGACACAGAGACUUUAACUGUAACACAAAGGCUUUUACACACAGGAUCAGACCCAGAGAGACUGGCGCUGGGGCCACUGGACCGUCCUGCUCUCGGCUCAGAGUAUUUACUUUACGGUAACCCAAGCCCGAGGACAAUUCAAUCCCAUCGAGAAGCAGGUGACGUGUUAGAGACUGGCAAUGAUCCAUCUUGUUCUUACACUACAGAGAUGGACCGUGACAACAUGCCCUUGGGUUUAGAGACACAGACUGAUCUGUCUAGAGGGGACUGGAACCGGUACAGUAGUAGUGUAUACUCUGAAGGGUGCCUAAAUAAGAAAAGUGAGGGUUUAGUGUUAGAUGAGGUGACUGUGAAAGUGGAGGGCGACAUUCCUCCCACAUGGAAUGCAGAUAUUCACUUAGGAGACGGACACUCACAGGGCAGAGAUUUCUUAGAUUACAGGGGAAGCUUAGAGACUAAUCCAAAUGUUGCGACCCACUCCCCUUUAAACGAGCUCCAGGAUCAUAACCCAGUGUCCACGUCGAUGGGACCUUCAGAUUCACAUGGCUGCAUCCUUUUCGAUCAGGUAUUGAACUCAAACAACAGGGCUAGAGCCCAGGCUCAGGGAGGAAGAGCUACAUCAGGCAAUAGUAAAGAGAAACGGUUCCUCUGCAUGUUCUGUAAGAAAGGCUUCAGCUGCACCCAGAAGGUGGAGAUCCACCAGAGGGUCCACACAGGGGAGAAACCCUUCAGCUGUACCCAGUGUCAUAUGUGCUUCGCCCAGGCUUGUGACCUGAAGAGGCACCAGAGGGUCCACACAGGGGAGAAACCCUUCGGCUGUACCCAGUGUCACAUGCGCUUUGCUGAGGCUGGCAACCUGAAGCGGCACCAGAGGGUCCACACAGGGGUGAAACCCUUCAGCUGUACCGAGUGUCGUAUGCGCUUCGCCCAGGCUGGUGACCUGAAAAGGCACCAAAGGGUCCACACGGGAGAGAGGCCAUUCGCCUGUAAUCACUGCGGGAAGAGGUUCUCUGAGAGGAGAUACCUAAGGAUACACCAGCAGAAACACCAUUCCACUCUAUAACAUAAAAGUAACCACUCGAUGGCUAGCUAAGUAAACAAUAGCUGGAACGAUCUAGCUAGCUGUAAAGUUUACAUGUAUCCCCACUAGCUGGCUACUAGACGACCAAUAUAAAGCUUUUUUUUCUCUUCUUAUUUCUACUUUUUAAAAAGGUAUCCAAUUGUUAGUAGUUACUGUCUUGUCUCAUCGCUACAACUCCCGUACGGACUCGGGAGAGACGAAGGUCGAGAGCCAUGCGUCCUCCGAAACACAACACAACCAAGCCGCACUGCUUCUUAACACAGCGCGCAGCCAACCCGGAAGCCAGCUGCACCAAUGUGUCGGAGGAAACACCGUACACCUAGCGACCUGGUCAGCGUGCACUGCGCCCGGCCCGCCACAGGAGUCGCUAGUGCGCGAUGAGACAAGGAUAUCCCUGCCGGCCUAUCCCGGACGACGCUAGGCCAAUUGUGCGUCGCUCCAUGGACCUCCCGGUCGCGGCCGGCUGCGACAGAGCCUGCGCUCGAACCCAGAACCUCUGGUGGCACAGCUAGCACUGCGAUGCAGUGCCUUGGACCACUGCCCCACCCGGGAGGCCCGGGCCUAAUGCUUUUUGUAGGGACCCAUGGAAAGCAACUCUUGCCUGUAUCAGUGAUGGACACUAGUUGUAAUAAUGUAGACCAAUACUUUUAUAGCUAACUACUAAUACAACAGCCUAAUUUAUUACAUUGUUUUAAUAAACUGGUUAGAAUAUGGUCAUCAUAAUCUGUACCAAAUGGAUUGCCUAUCAAUUAGGGCUGGGCGAUUUUAUAUUGAAUUAAUUAGAUUAAUUCAAAUUAAUGUUUUUGCGAGAUAUUCCAAAUGCUUGUAUCGCAGAAUCGAGUUUUGUAUUUUCCGAUUUUAUGAGCGGUUCUUUAGUAUGCUUGUUCGCAUGUUGUCUUUUUGGUCUUGUUCGCUCCUUCUGUGCUGUGCACAUUACCAUUUAUACCAAUGAUCUGUAUAUAAUGAUGAGAUGCUCAUGUCUCCGCCCUAACAAUGGGAGUCUUUGUCCCAAAGGGGGGAAUGCAGGGGGACAAGCUUAGGUUCCAAAUAAGCGCAUAGAAACCCAUUGGGCUUAUUUUGGAUAGAUUUUGGCGAUAGUGAAACCUCUCGCUUUGCCUCUUUCUCCCAAGCCCCUCCCCUACCAAGCACAACAAUAAAGAUGAGAGGUCACUUCUUCCUCUCUGACGAACGGUUUCAAUUUGCUAUUUGCAUUUGGUCCAACAGAAUCGGUCAUAUGGACAUCGCAACAUUUGAACCCUGUUUGUUUCAGCUGCUCACAUUUUUAGCAGAGCAAGCACUGCUAAAACGGAUGUACCAAUGAACAUUCAUUCUGGAAAAUGUAUGCUCAGUUUGUCGUGCAUAUAUUACGGUACCACGUAUCGCUAGCAGCAUUUUUGUCAAAUAAAGGCUGUUAUACUAGCUGUUUAGUCUGUUUUAUACAUGAGCAAUAAGCAUAAAACAAUUCUAUAAGGAAUUGGCAACUCGUCAUUCUGAGAAAUAAGGUACUGAACAAGGUGGACAAACUAGCAUGCCGUUCAAACAGUUGGAGACGGACAAAAGAGUCUGUUCAUAACAAAUCAACUGUUCUACCUCGUUAGCUGAAUUCAGAGCUUGUGAAGUGAUACCUAGAUCCAAGUUGGCUAAACUUGAAAUAUAAAUAUUAGCUGGCUACUCGCUAGCACGUGGGCUUGUGCUUGAGAGAUUGUUUGAGACCUGUGUUCAUUUUCUACAAUGCCUACUACAUUAUUAGUGAAUGUGCAUUAUGCAUGGGUCUGGUUAAAUUUGUAACAAAAUCACAUUUUUAUAGACAGACCUGAAAGCCAGUGAUUACUGCAAAAAAACAGCAGGUUAAACUAUUUUGAUAAAAUGAUUUAAUUAUUAGUGGGUCUUAUGGUUGUGGAAGGCUUAUAUUCAGCCAAGGUAUAAUUUCACACCUCUGAAUUCAUUAUAUUAUUGCUGAGUGUUUUAAAUGUAUUUGACCUUUUUAAAAUUGUACAACAAAGCUUAUUUAGAGAACAUUCAAAAUAAUUGAGAGAUGCGUUUUAGGCCAUAUCGCCCAGCUCUACUAUCAAUAAACAUCUUACAAUGUACACAUAUCAUGUACUUCUACUAUGAUCCAUGUCAUUUACUUAGUAUUAUCAACCUUCAUUGAUAUAUUACACUGUUGAUGUUUAUGGAGUACAACAUGACUAGUUAGCUUGUAUUCUCCGAACAAUAACACCUGUGUUCCUGUACCAGAAUGUGUACACUGUAUUAAAAGUUGUAGCCAAGAGAGGAGGAAGUGGUGGCUUGUUAGAGCACAGACAUGGUUCUAAUGUCAGUGGUGCUCAUGAGGAACCCUGUAACAAUGGAAAUGUCAAUGUGGCCUCUGUCAAACAUUGUAGCAUUGGGAACCCUCGGUAGUCAAUGUGUGAUAGGAUGCUGAGUGCAGGAGUAGACUAAUGAAUGUGGGCUUUCUGUACAUUGUAAUUUAUUUUCCAUUACAUUGUUUGCUCAUCUUGCAAUUGGUUAUAUAAACAUGAUCAGAACAGUCAUUGAUUGAUAAACUGAACAAAACGUGGACCCAUUGUUUACAAUUGGCUCAUUCAUCCCCCUCCUCUCCCCUGUAACUAUUCCCCAGGUCGUUGCUGCAAAUGAGAACGUGUUCUCAGUCAACUUACCUGGUAAAAUAACGGUAAAAUAAAAUAAAAAUAAAUAAAUUGUGA